CAGCAGCAGGAUGAGGUAAGGCUGAGUAUAAACAGCAGAAUCAGCCACAACAACAGCAGCAACAGGAUGAGGAGGAAGGAGAGGACAUAUCCAAAGGCCAGUAUGGCAUGAUGGAAAUGAUCCAGUCAAAGAGUAAACCUGACCGAUGUAUCGUCGACCUCAAACAGCUGACCCCUGAUCUCGGUGACCAGAAGGUUUGGGUCAGGGCAAGGCUGCAGACAAGCAGGAGUAAAGGUAAACAAUGCUUCUUCGUGCUGAGACAGAGCAAGUGGACCGUCCAGGCACUGGUCUAUGUGGGGGACAAAGUCAGCAAACAGAUGGUCAAGUUUGUUGCAGGAGUAACGAAGGAAUCGAUCGUAGAUGUGGAAGCCUAUGUACGGACUGUCUCCCAGAAAGUGACCUCGUGUUCCCAACAGGAGGUAGAACUGCAUUGUGAACAGGUAUGGGUGGUAAGUCCUGCAUUACCACGACUCCCACUACUGGUGGAGGAUGCUGCACGACCAGACAAUCCUGAUGAUGAAUUGGCUACAGUCAAACAAGACACCCGUCUGGAUAAUCGUGUGAUUGACCUACGCACCACAACAAACCAGGCCAUCUUUCGGUUGGAGGCAGGGGUCUGUAGGUUCUUCAGGGACGCACUGACAAAGGAGGGAUUUGUGGAGAUACACACACCGAAAAUCAUUUCGGCCGCGUCAGAAGGGGGCGCCAACGUUUUCACCGUCUCCUACUUCAAGAGCAAUGCCUACCUGGCACAGUCGCCUCAGCUCUACAAACAAAUGGCCAUAUGUGCAGACUUCGACAAGGUCUUCUCGGUUGGGGCAGUUUUCCGAGCAGAGGACUCCAAUACGCAUCGUCACCUGACAGAGUUCGUCGGACUCGAUAUGGAGAUGGCAUUCAAGUACCACUAUCACGAAGUCAUCGAUGUUAUAGGAAACCUGUUUGUCUCCAUCUUCAAAGGUCUUCGCGACAACUUUCAGGAGGAAAUAGAAACGAUAAACAAACAGUUUCCUGCAGAGCCAUUUAAAUUUCUGGAACCAAGUUUACGCCUGGAAUAUGUGGAAGCGGUCCAGAUGCUGAGGGACAAUGGCGUGGAGAUGGAUGAAGAGGAGGAUCUAAGUACACCCAACGAAAAAUUCCUGGGACGCCUCGUUAAGGCAAAGUACGACACUGAUUUCUACAUCCUGGACAAGUUCCCUCUGGCAGUGCGGCCAUUCUACACCAUGCCAGACCCGAACAACAAGAAAUGGUCCAAUUCCUACGACAUGUUUAUGCGAGGAGAAGAGAUUCUCUCCGGCGCCCAGAGGGUACACGAUUCAAAUUUCUUGAUUGAGAGGGCAAAACACCAUGGAAUAGAUCUAGAAAAAAUCAAGGCCUACAUUGAUUCCUUCAAAUAUGGAGCACCGCCUCACGCUGGUGGGGGUAUAGGUAUGGAGAGGGUGUGUAUGCUGUACCUCGGCCUCGACAACAUCAGGAAGACGUCCAUGUUCCCACGUGACCCCAAGAGACUCACCCCGUGAGCAACAUCUACUCAACCAAUCAGCUGCUGUCGCUGAUAACGUUCUCAACCAAUCACCUGCUGUUGUCGUUAACGUUUUAGUUAAUCUGGCUGAACUACUCUAUAAUAGUGCUAAGACAAAUGUGUCAUAUAUAUUUAUGUGUGUAUGUUCUGUAAAAAGGAGAUAGAUUGGUUGCUUAAAGGGAAACUCUGUGACUGUAUUAAAAUGUUCUAGGUUCCUUCCACGAACUUGAUUGAUUGGCUAUGAAAUAUUUACUGCCUCAAUUUCACAUCAUGUGACUUUUACAAUAUCUUAUAAAAAAAAGCCACAGGAAGUUUUAAAAGUUUAUAAUUAGGAUUUACAAAUGCGUAUCGACAUUUUGGAUAAAAAAUAUAAUGUUCUUUCACUUGACACUCUUUUGUUAGAGUAAUUGUGGUUCAUCACUUUUGAAAAAUAAUGGAAUAGACAUUGGUAAAAUAGCAUUGUUAUAAUCAAAAUCUGCCUAUACGGCUGGCAUAUAUGUUGGUGUCCGGGGAUAACUUACUGUCAAUUUUGUGUAAGUUUGUUCAAGUCUGCUGAUGUAUUUGAAAUUUUUGAAGGCGUCCUUUCAUAUUUGCCAUUUUCAUUGCAGGAUGACUGUUUUGUAAACAUGGCAUACCUGUUUUGUCAGUGGUCCUAUGUGUGAACUUUUUAUGUGAUACACAUCUGUUUUCAUAAGUUUGUGCAAUCAAUUAUAGUUGGUUAUGGCCAUUCUCGGUUAUGGCCAUUCUCUUUUUAAUAACAUUCAGUGUCAAAGUGAUCCUUUGAUGAAAGCCUGACAACCAAUUAAAUUAAUUAAUGGAUUCUGAUUUUGCUCAUGAGUGAUUUAAGGGUUUAACUGUAAUUAUUUCAAAAUAGUAAAAAAGUUUUAAAGAUUUCCACUAUGAUAAUGAUACACAUUAUGCUUGUCCACUUUAUUUAAAAAAAAACACUUUUGAAAACUAUCAUAGUGAAAUUUUAUUUUAUUUACAGGUAAAAGUGUUUCACUAGAUUUAACAGUUCUCAAGUUCUCUUACUUUUCACUUUACUUGCCAACUCUAAGCACGGAUGUGAGGAUAGUUUAAAGUUGUUUUUGAAAAAUAUCUGUGGAAUGAAAAUGAUGACAAAUCAACAGAAGUAGAGAUUUUUUUAAUUUAGAGUCACUUGUAUAAAUCAGGUAGCGUAGUCAAAUAUUUAUAUAACAAAUCCCAGAGAUAUAUUUAAAGGUAUUAUUUCUCUGUAAUGAAACAUGUUUAUAACAAACCCCAGCGACAAAAGAGAACUGUGUUUGUGUGUUCAUAGUAUUUAAAAUGUGUUUUGCUGUAUACAGUCAUGUAAAACAGGUUAAGUAUCGGCACACACAACUAUGUAUUCCUGCCAUAUCAAAUCAUUGGGUCGAUGUUUGAUGAUACAGGGUGGCGUGGUUUUUUUUCAAUUUUCCAUUUUAUUUUUUACUGGUAUGCACAUCACGUAGAAAUCUAACACUAGUAGUUUUUGCACACACAAUUUUAAUAUAUAUUUUUUAUUUUGAUUUAAUAAUAUAUUUGAUUAAGUAGUUAAAUAUUUUGUAUACCAAAGAUGGAUGUGCAAAAUUAUAGGAAAAUUAUAGGAAGACAAUUUAUUUACACUAAUUUACCCCCAAAAAAAUGUAUUCUUAUGAUAUUUUAAUACAUAACAAACAGUAAAUUAAAAAAGAAAUUGACAACUCUGUCUUACCGAGACAUAUUGUCCUGCUGAAAUAGUAGACCAGCAAGAAGGAUUGAGAUAGCAGCUCCAUCAGUGUUGAUUAUUUACUGGCAGUGUAGAAAUAGGGAUAACUUUGACAGUUCAUUUAAAAAAACAAUUGGUGAAUUUCUGGUGAACGAUAAAAUACGAAUUUUUCAAUUUUACAUGGAGGACAACCAAGAGUCAAAACCAACAUGUAUAUGUACUUAAAAUGACCCCUAUUUGACACAAACAUCAUUGUAAAGUCAUACUCUUUGAAGCAUUUUAUCUAAUUGUUGAGGAAAAAGCAGGAUGUAGGAUAUUCUGCUAAUUAAAAUGUAAAAAAUGAGUUUGUCACUGAAAUAGAGAAAAUAAUAUUAUACAGAUAACAACUGAUUUAAAGUGAACACUGCCAUUGCGUCUGGACCCCUGCAAUGAAUCUCAGUCAGAUUGUUAUAAGUUAUGAAUGUGUGAAGAUUUGACUGUUUGACACUCGUAUUAAUGGAAUAUUUGUCUCCCAAAGACUGCAUGCCUGUUUUGUGAAUGUUUUGUUAAAGAAAUUUUAAGGAGAAUUCAAAUUAUUAUCAUUUUAUAAUAUAAAGUAUUAUAAGAUUAC